GAAGAAGUAGGUGGCCUGUUCUUCAAACUCGAAACCGAUUCCUUAUUAUAUUAAUUACUGGAUUCGAUCAUCAAUAUUUUUGCGCUCAAUGUAUAUGAUUGAUUUCUAGUCUUUAAUUCUUCAAUCGGCUACAUCGAUAUUCGGUUGUAUCUGGUUCCAGAUUUUUGUUUUUCUUGUCCGUAUAAUUGAAGUUUCCGGAGGUUUCAGGGUACGGUGCUGCCAAUUGAAAGUUAUUUGAGGGAGAAAUUGAGGAUGAGCACGCCUUCGACGAAUGUGAUUCAGGACGGUGAUGGAUCGCAUCGAAUUAUAUUAUCAGAGCCCGGUGGUUCGACUGCCGAGGUGCUCUUGUAUGGUGGGCAGGUGAUUUCCUGGAAGAAUGAAAGAAGACAAGAAAUGCUCUUCAUGAGCAGUAAGGCAAUGUUGAAGUCGCAGCCUCCAAAAUUCGUCAGGGGUGGGAUUCCAAUUUGCUUUCCACAGUUUUCCCAUUUUGGUUCCCUUGAGCAACAUGGAUUUGCAAGAAAUAGGUUGUGGUCAGUGGAUGACUCCCCUUCCUCUCUACCCCCUGCCACCAACCAAUCCACUGUGGAUAUUAUUCUAAAAUCCACAGAUGAGGAUCUGAAGACCUGGCCACACAGGUUUGAGUUGCGACUGCGUAUUUCCUUGAGUGCUCACAAGCUCACCUUGAUCCCUCGUGUUCGAAAUACUGACAACAAGGCCUUCUCAUUCACUUUUGCUUUGUGCAAUUACCUGAAGGUGUCUGAUGUCAGUGAAGUUCGUGUUGAGGGCUUGGAGACGCUGGAUUACUUUGAUAAUUUAUUACAGAGGGAAAGGUAUACAGAACAGGCAGAUGCAAUCACUUUUGACGGUGAGAUUGACAGGGUCUAUUUAAGCACGCCCACAAAAAUAGCCAUAAUAGACCAUGAGAAGAAGAGAACUUAUGAACUCCGCAAAGAUGGGAUGCGCGAUGCAGCUGUUUGGAACCCUUGGGACAAAGUGGCGAAGGCACUUCCAGACUUGGGCGAUGAAGACUACAAGACAAUGCUACGCGUGGACUCUGCUGCUAUCGAAACUCCUAUAGUGUUGAAACCCUUUGAAGAGUGGAAGGGCCGUCAGGAGCUGUCGACUGUCUCUUCAAGCUAUUGCAGCGGACAGCUCGAUCCCCGGAAAGUCCUUCUUGGCCACAUCUGAUGGGAUGCCUUAUGAUUUCAGUUAUGGCAUUUUAGCAUCUAUAAGAGCUUCACUGCUGGUCUUGCUGAUGAUCAUCAGUGGCUCAUACAUACAUACAUACACAUAUACAUAUAUAUAUAUAGGGAGAGGGAGAGAGAUGGUAGAUAAGCUAGAGGUGGUUGGUUAUAUGAGCUGCAUUAUUAUUAUACAUACUAAUAUAAUAUGUGCAGCAGCCAUUUUAAUCCAUCCCCAUAUUCUUCAUCAUCCUGCUUGUUUUCUAGUGAGGUUUCUUGUUGUAGAUCCUACCCCUAAAACUGCUACUUAUGAACAAUAAUUGGGGCUUCUCUUGUCUUGUCUUCUCUUGGCUUUCGGACAAAUCGAAUUUCUUCAGGGUUUUGUUAAACAUGAAUUUUAUUUAUUAAUUUAUUUAUUUUUGUGCUAG